CUACAUUAAUUAGAGACACAUUUCCCAAGGAUUCAUCUCACACAUAUUUUGAGUACGCAACGUACGAUUGACAUUUUAGUCACUAAGCUAUAAAUGUACACAUUAAUCUUUCACAUUACUCCAUAAGCAACAUGGCUAACUUCAAUACAAUUCUAUCUUUGCAACUUUUCUUUUUCUCUUCUUCCAUUUUACUAAUACCUUCUUGUUUAGCUUACAAUGUGGUUAGUUUUGGGGCUAGAGGAGAUGGAAGGACAGACUCAACCGCGCCAUUUCUUCGCGCUUGGAUGGCAGCCUGCAGCUCAGCUAACCCGAAUAACGUUUAUGUUCCUCGAGGAACGUACGUUAUAAGACCAGUGACAUUCACUGGCCCAUGCCGGAGCAGAAUUGAGUUCCGGAUUGACGGAACUGUCAUUGCUCCGGCAGAUUAUAAUGUGAUUGGAGGUUCUAGCUUUUGGAUUUUGUUUUAUAAAGUUAGUAGACUUUCUGUCUAUGGUGGAACAAUUGAUGCUAAAGGACAUGGUUUUUGGUCUUGUAGAAGAUCUGGUCAUUCUUGCCCUCCUGGAGCUAGGUCAAUAACAUUCUUGUGGUGUGAUAAUGUACUGCUAAGUGGAUUGAAAUCAUUGAACAGCCAAAUAAUGAAUGUGGCAAUUGAUUUUAGCAGCCAUGUGAGAGUCCAAAAUGUUAGAAUAAGAUCUCCAAGUGGAAGUCCAAAUACAGAUGGAAUUCAUGUGGAGAAUUCCAGGGAUGUUACAAUCAAAGAUAGCAUCAUCCAAACUGGAGAUGACUGCAUUUCCAUUGGCCCUGGCUCCAUGAAUAUGUUGAUUCAGAAGAUUGGUUGUGGCCCUGGACAUGGCAUCAGCAUAGGGAGUUUGGCAAACAGUUACAACGAAGCAGGAGUUCAAAAUAUAACAGUGGCAAAUUCAGUAUUCACCAAGACACAAAAUGGUGUAAGGAUCAAGUCAUGGGCAAGGCCAAGUGAUGGCUACGCUAAAAAUCUCAUGUUCAGAAAUCUUGUUAUGAGGAACGUUGGGUUUCCCAUCCUCAUUGAUCAAAACUAUUGCCCCGAAGACAGUUGUCCUCAUCAGGGUUCAGGAGUGAAGGUGAGUGAAGUGACAUACAAGAAUGUGAAGGGAACAUCGUCCACACAACAAGCAAUAAAAUUAGAUUGCAGUAAUACAACUCCAUGUACUGGUAUUAAAUUGCAAGAUAUAAAGCUAAGCUUCGUGGAUUAUCGAUUGAGAAGGCCAGCUUUAACCUACUGUAGAAAUGCACAUGGCGGACAUGGUGGCACCGUCAUUCCAAAGAGUUGUUUUUAAAACAAAUUAAUAGUAAUGCAUGAUUAUUAAUAUAA